UUGAGCAGCAGAGAUUGGAAAAACAAGCUGCAAUUCACGAUGAUACCACAAGAGGGCGUCCUUGUCCCGACAAACCCAAAUGGAAGGCCGCCACAAAAACCACAGGCAUCCGCGAGAUGGACAAAAAAAGUACAAUGAAGACUCACCUUGCACGCUGCAGGCCCAGGCGCCUCCACGACUCGCCGACUCUGGACACUGAGCCAAAAGGAUCAACAAGACGCCCGUUGUGGUGUGCAGAUAUGGGGGCCGUGAUAUCUCGAUGGAAGACAAAACCAACCACGGUGGAGCAGCUGGAGAACCUGGACAAGGAGAUUAAGGAGUUGGAGGAAUUUCAAGCCAAAAACCAGCGACUUCAAAAGCUGUGGGUGGGCCGACUGCUCCUCUACUCAUCCGUCUUGUACCUGCUGACCUGCCUGGUGGUCUACUGCCUCUACCUUCCCGAACAAUGGCUGCACAGAUUAGCCAUGGCCUUGCCCUUCUUCAUAUACCCGGUGCUGGUGUGGUUCAUUAGGAAGUUACUGAUCUUUCUCUUUUCCAAACGCACCGAGAGGAACAGUGACAUACUGGAAGACUUGAAGGCUACCAAAAAAAAGAUACUGGAAGAAGUGAUGGAAACCGAGACGUACAAAAACGCCAAAGUCAUCCUGGAACGCUUUGACGCUGAAGCAAAGAAGAAAGCCGAGCUGGAGUCCACCCCACAGCGACCUCAGAUGACCCCAAGGCCUGGACAAGACGUCCGCCAGCGAGGGGUGGUCAUGAGAACUCCAGGUACCCCUGCUGCAAUGGUGAUGAAUACGCAACCCGGAGACCGACCGCCACCUGGCCUUGGGGCCACACCUGUCGCUCCAGGGGGACCACCCGAGAGAGCGGCUUUGUCUGGCUCUGUCCACCAGGGGGCAGUACCCAGGAUGCACUGCUCCCCUGUACCAGGUGUUGGCCUGCAUCCUCCUGGUCCUCCACUGACAAGACCCAUUCUGCCCAGAGAGAGGGGUGCUUUAGACCGAGUGGUUGAGUACCUUGUAGGAGAUGGACCACAGAACAGAUAUGCCUUAAUCUGUCAGCAGUGUUUCUCUCACAAUGGCAUGGCUCUGAAAGAAGAGUUUGAAUACCUUGCAUUUCGUUGUGCGUAUUGCUACUUCCUGAAUCCAGCCAGGAAGACGCGGCCUCAGGCUCCCAGGCUGCCGGAGUUCAGCUACGAGAGGAAGCUACGGGCCGAAUCCCGAACCUCGGGGCAUGCGCCACCAUCCGGCACAGACACAGAGGAGAGUGCACCCCCAUCUGGAGCCAAGGCGCCGGCGCCGUGGAAUUUGGUCCACAGUUUCCCGAUCCAGCAGCAGAACCCUCAGAAUCAACUUCUGCAGAGUCCAGACGAGCACGAGCAGGGCAAAGACGACACUCGGCCUGAAGGUGUGGAGCCUGUGAGUCACGAUGAUGAGCAACGAGAAAUGGAGAUGGAGGAGGAGCCGGAAGAGCUUGUACAAGGAGAAGAAGAGAAGGAGGAGGAAGAGGUGAAAGGUGACGGUGCCUUCAGUGAUGCAGAACCUCAGCUGUCGUAGCCGCGCCUCCUCCAGGAGAAAAGGUGCUUGCAGCCGCUGCCUGACAGUCAAAGCUUGCUGAAUGGCACAUGGAGGAUCCCUAGGAUUGUUUAUGUGCUUAUAUUUAUUAUUAUAUGUGCUCCUUGAAAGCAAACCAACACUCUUUGUUUACGGCGUGAAGUUAGUAGUGGCUUUUUUAUUUGGAAGCCAAGAUUAGCGGGGCAGCAACAGCUAAAGUAGACGACAUACCAGGUAAACUACUUUUAAGUUCUGAUGUACUUUUUAAAAGUCCAACACUGAGGUACUAAAAUGCACAAUUUAGGCUACAAGAUUCGUUAUAAAUACUUGAAAUUAAAUCUUUGUUAGAUCAACAGAAUCAUUUAUUUCCUAGUCAUGGCCACUUGUUGCUAGGAGUGCAUGGAGUGCAAGCAUCUGUUUCCUCAAAAGCCCAAUUUAAGAAAAAAGGCUGCUGCUCACUGUAAUAAUCGUAAUAGGCUGCUACACUGCCUCGCAUAACAGAGAAAGGACAGGGAGAGUUGGCCAAUAACACCCACGAAGAAAAGACUCCGGAAAGCACAACAAAGAUGAUGAGACAACUUUAUUGAAACUUUGAUUUAGUAAGUUGGUUUUUCCACCACUUGACCCCAGUGCAAUCCUUUUGCCGCCUCACUAAUUUCUUCAAGUUCUAAAAAUAACAACCUGAUCCACACUGAUUGUAGAGCAGAACAUCCACAGUGGGUCGCUAUUAAACUUGUACCUUGCUGUGCUUUGAAAGACUAUGUAGCGUUUUAAAAUGAUGCACAAGCAGCGCCAAAGCUACCGUAUGAGCACCACAUUUGACUGCCGUUUGACUAUCACUUACAUAAAUAUUGUCUUUUGACUCCAGUCGUAUAAAUAGAUGCUAUUUUUAAUGAUUGUCAUAUCUGCCGCAGUACUUCAUUUGACUGUUAACAUUAAGUAUCAUUGCGACCUUUUCAGGAAGAGUUAAUGUUGUAGUUCAAACUGCCAUCCAUCAAUUUUCAAACUAUUUGCUUUAUCUUCCUUUUCUGACUGAUUUGCACUGACUUUCUUUGUAUUUAUUUGGCCUUAAUGGUUGGCGAUGAGACAGUGCUGCUGACAUUUGCUGCACUACGUUAAUGUAAGAUGACAUGAUAUCAUUAGCAUUGGCACGCUUUGAUGUCCACGUAGCUGCACAAUGGAAUAUUUUCUUUUUAGGGAUGUCCCGAUUCACUUUUUUUUUGGCGUCCGAUUAGAUUUUUUUUUUUUAUCCAAUCCGGUACCGAUCCUUCUUUUUUAAAAUUGAUUUUAAUAAUAAGCUUUUGUUACAACCAUGAAUUUGAGGAAUUGAGUUUGGUUAUGAAAAUAGCUCUUCAAAGCAUUGAAAAUAACACAACCAAGGUAUUGCUGAAUUUACUUUAUGAGACAGCAUGACCAACAAUACUGUUGGGCUUUUGUAACAAACCUCUGCGAGUCAGGUUCCUUAUCCAAAAAAAAGAUAAAAUUGGAAAAAAUGGGUGUUUAAGAUACUUUUAGGGUGGGAUUAAUCAUUUGACAUGGUUAUAGAUCAAUUUGUGGUGUGAUUUAGAAUGAUUUUUUUUUUUUUUUUUUACAAA